CGGCGCGAGCGACGGCUAGGGCUGAAGGGUUCAGGGCGCAGCUGCGAGGCCCGGCUCAAGUCUGCGGGUCUAGGGUCUGGAGUGCGAGCCGCCAGUGCGGGAGAGGGAGGGGCAGGGGGCGCCUUGGUACUGCACCUUUUUUUGCAUUCAGGAGAUUGCCUAGCUGCGCUUUGGAGAGGUUUGCGUUAGCUCCGAGGCUGUCUGGCAAGUGAGGAAACUGAGGCCGAGAAGUGGGAGGCGUUGCCAUCUGCUGGGCCACGCCACCUGCUGAGGGGAAGCCGGGGACCAAAGCCCCGGGGUCUGCGCUCCCAGGCCCGCUUGAAUCGGUGGGCGUGGGGAGCAAGGGACCUGCUCCCUUCCCUCCCGGCUGCAGGAGCCUCCUUGGGGGAGGAGCUCGGGACGCAGAAGAAGAGCCACGUUAGCCCCAGGAGCAGGGACACAAUCCUCUGGGAUAAGAGGCAGAGCCCAGGAGGAACCCCGUCAGCCAGGCGGGCAGAAAGCUCCGGGAGCAGCCUCAUGGAAGACAAGCAGAUCCUGUGCGUGGGGCUAGUGGUGCUGGACAUCAUCAAUGUAGUGGACAAGUACCCGGAGGAGGACACGGACAGCAGCCCACCCGGCCCACCUCCUGGAUUCUCGUGCCUCCCAGAUGAGCAAGCCCAAGUGGGGACCCAGUUCUUCCCAGGCAUUUCGGCCCCACCUCUCCUAGGCUCUCCAGGCUCCACAGGCAUCUGGGGACCCUCAGGAGCCACCACCUGGAAUUUGGCCAGACCCCUGAGUUACGGCCUUGCCUCCCAGAGUCCAGGCCAAGAAGAGCCUUCCAGAAAGCAUCCUCAUGCUCAGCAAAGCAUUUCUGCACAUGAAGUUGGGUAUCAGUGUGACUUUGAAGGAUUUCCACAAAGUAAAAUUGUAUACCCUUUCUUCGAAACCUCAUCCAAGCCGGGGCCUGACUACUUUCCAUUCACAACUACACAGUACAUGGCGGUGGUUUUGGAGUCAGGCCGCCUGGGUUCUGAUGGCAGCUUCGUCACUAACUAUUGGUGUGAUCCUGAGUCAGUCAAAUCCCACGAGGCUCCCCGUUCUAAUCUGCAUGAAAAUUUCUCUAAAGCUCAUAGCUCGAAAAAUGUUUGUCCCUUUACAAACUAGUAUCCUUCCUGAUGGAUCGUGAACCCUUUUCCUGAGACUGAAGGGAACUUCAGUGUUAAGUUUUGUGUGCCAAUAUACCUUAGCCUAAAAAUUCUGCUUCCUGUAUUUCUCUUAAUUAGUGGUUCUUAUUGUAAGCGGCCACAGUUAUUCUUUUUGGAACUGGAAGAAUAGAAAUGACAGCCUGCACUGUCUACCCCACGGUAUUGUGGGCGCACAAUGAGACAUCAUUAAAGUGCUUUGAUGCGCAUAAGUCACUGUUUUUGUUGUUGAUAACAACGAAGCCCUGCAGGUGCAUCUCCACUUGGUCUCCUCAGUGUACACCUUGAGUUAGAUUUUCAGUCAAGAUAGAGAAAAACUAAAGAAAAAAAAGGUAACCGUGUGAUGGGGUGGCGUGUUAACUAACCUUCCUGUAGUAAUCAUUUUGCAAUACGCCCGUUUCAAAGCAUGUUGUGUACCUUAAAUUUACAGAAUGUUAUAUGCCCAUUAUAUUUCAAUAAAGCUGAAA